CAUCGUCGCCCAUGGCUCAGUUCGCUUCCCCCGUCAUGCGCCGUCUCCUUCAGGAGGCUGAAGAGGCAGCUGCAACGGAGCCCACCGUCACCUUCCCUGAUGACUACCCCAACUCCGUCAGGCACUUUCUCCUCAUCGGAUUCUUGGGCAUGUUCAUCGGAGCCAUUGUGUUCUUCUACAUGGGUAUCUCCCGCAAGGUCAACACAGUGAUGCACGUCCUCACCUUCUUCAUCGCUGCUGUUUCUGCUUGCUCCUACUACGCCGAGUGGGCUGGUCUCGGCGUCGAGUACAAGACCACCGACACCACUCCCCGUGUCAUCUUCUGGGCUCGCUACCUUGACUGGGUUGUCACUGGACCCCUCAUCCUCACUGACUUGGCUCUCCUCUCCAAGUCUGACACCCCCACCAUCAUCUCUUUGGUUGGCAACAUGGUCCUCUACGUCAUCUGCGGCCUCAUUGGAGCCCUCACCGUGGCCCCUUACAAGUACAUGUGGUGGGUUGCCGGACUGAUCUUCUUGAUCAUCGUCUUCAUGCUCCUCCUCCAGCGCCUCAACAACGCUGAGGGAUAUGGCGGAGAUGCUCUCAAGGGCUUGACCUGGCUCACCAUCCUUGUGUGGAUUGUCUACCCCAUCGUCUGGAUUGUCGGAUCUGAGGGCACUGGAGCUUUGGGUCUUUCCCAGGAGGUCGGCAUUCUCACCAUUGCUGAUUUGAUCGCCAAGAUCGGCUUCGGCUUCUACCUUUUGGCCAACGUUGAUGCUCCUGAGUCUGAGUCUGUUCCCCUCAACCAGUCCUCCCAGCAGUACGUUUAAGAGCAACUCUGACACGUCUUCAUCGAAUGAACAGGGAUCUCACAGUUUCAAUAGGGAACUUAGGACUUUAGAGUUUCAUUAGAUAGCAGAAAGCAAGAAAUUUCGACUUGCUCAUUGUAAUGAAUAUGGAGUUGGAACUGUUCUAGUUCUCACACAUCCACACAUCGGAGUGAAGCCCCAGGUGCAAUCUUGUAAAUGCCUAAUGCUAACAAAAUGCUCUGUUGGUGGAAAAAAGAACAUUGCCAUCUGGAUGCAGUUGUACAAGACUUUCACAGCAAGUGUGCCUCGCUCUAUUCCUUUGAAGAUUCACCUUUGCUCGGAGAAAGGACCUUCGCCGCAUGAUGCCAUACCCACGAAGAUCCAUAGGCUACCGCGGCAACAACGGCGAAUCCUCCCCACCCAUAUGAUAUGAACUUCUGGUAGCUUCGAAAGUUGGCAGGCAACUUGAAGAAGUCUUUGGGGAGCCUGAACAAGUCUCUGAUUCCUCUUCCUUCCUCACUCAUGGUCACCAGUGAGCACACAUUCUAC